UAGAAAAUAAAACAUACUAUAAUGACGAAAUUUAGCGCUGCCAGCUUUCAGUAUUUAUAUGUGUUAACACUUAGCAUGGCCUUCAUGCUGCAUUUUGGAUGUGAUCUGCCGUCACUGCAAAGCCAUAGACCCAAUCUAAGCUCCGCCUUGUUCAUUUGUGGGUUGCUGUUGCUGAUUAUGGCGCCACAGCCGCAGAAGCUGAAUGUGCUUCAUAUGGCCUACAAGAUGACAGAGUGUUUAGUGCUGCAAUUUCUGGCGCUCAAAUUUCUGUGGGAUCUGCUGCUUGGCCAGCUGCUACGCUGUCUAUAUUGCAAUGAAAAUGUGAGCUAUGCAUUGCGUUUAAUUUUGGCCAGUUCGCUAUGCUUUGUGGCUUUUAAAAUUGAGCGCAAGAAAAAAAAUGUGGCAGUUGGCUUGAGGCAGGCACAGCAACCGGAACUGGACGUGCCACAGAAUUUUCAGACUGACUAUCGCAUUGGCACCUACGGUCUUUGCUCCACUGAAGACUUGUCGUACUGGAAACGGGAAUAUGAUGCAAAUGUGCGUCGACAGUUUGCUAUUGACCAUGAUAAAUGGCAUUUAAAAAUUAAAUAAAAUAUAUAAAACUU